AUGGAACUGGAGGAGAAAGUGAACAUCACGGUGCAACGCGCGGACAAGACAGCAGCCUUCGUCUUGAUUGAUACUGCCGAAUAUCACGAGAAGCUGGAUGCUAUUUUGUCUAACAAGAGCAAGUUUGAGCGCCUGACAAGGAACCCAACAGACGACAUCAAGAGGGAGGCUAACGGAGUCAUCAGUGCAGUGAAUGCUGCGACAAAUGCUGUGCACCUCCCGCUCAUGCAAGGAGACUACAGCCUGGGUUAUUUAUAUGGUAAUGUAAAAACCCACAAACUAGGAAGCCCCCUCCGGGUGAUCAUCAGCCAAACACCCGCCCCUACGUAUGACUUGGCUAAACGUCUCAACCAAAUUUUGACCCCUUAUGUCCCGAAUCGGUACAGCCUGCAGUCUUCGGCAGAGUUCUUAGAAGCCAUCAAGGACGUCCCUGGUACCGGGAUUAUCGCCUCGCUGGACGUGGAGUCCCUAUUUACGAACGCACCUGUCGACAAAACCAUAGAUAUAAUCCUUGAUCGUGUCUACAGGAGUCAGUCGACAGCGCCCCUCAACAUACCAGAAGCCUCGCUCCGUACGCUGCUGGAGAUCUGCAUGAAGAAGGCCCCUUUCUCCACCCACCGUGGCCAGAUGUUCUGCCAGAAGGACAGCGUGGCGAUGGGCUCCCCACUAAGAUUCCUCUUCGCUAACUUUUAUAUGGGCACCAUGGAGGAACGGCGUAGCGCAACGCCCAUCAACGUUACAGCGCCGCUCAGGAGGUCCAGACGGCUGCAGGAUCCGCGGCGCUGCAACGCAACCAUCAGCUCGAAGAAAGUGGCUUGA